GAACACUUUAGUAUGAAGAGAUAUAGAAAGUAUGUAGCUGAAAAACAACUGAGAGUCAGUAGAUGUUUACUAACUGGCAUCGGUCAGAUGAUGAGACUAAUGCAGCUGCCUCCAGUACAAAGAAAAGCACAAGACUUUAUGGUAGAAGCUGAGACGUUUAGCCAAAACUUCACAGAGAUGAAAAUUCUCAGAAGGCAGAGUGCAGAUAUGGAAUGUUUGCUACAUCUUGAGACAUGUAACAAAGCAAUCAGCAAUGCCUUACAUGGAAAUCCUUUGUGCAUUCAAGCAGUUGCUCUAGUCAGUCAGGGCAGAGUCUCUGAUAUUGUUGUUGAUGAUGACAAAGGGGAGUUGGGAUUGUGUAUGAAAUUGGCAUCUGCAGCAAAUUCUAUUCUUGAGAGGCAGAUUAUAGUGACAGCCAAACAGGAGGAACACAGGAAGAUGCUCAAAAUAACUGAAACAUUGAGUCAUAUGGUUGGUGAACUACAGAUGUUGACCAGCCAGUCUGCUCGAGUUUGCAAUGGACAAGGACAACAACAACACAUGAAUGAUUAUUCUGCAGUAUCAAAGAAAGGUACUACAGUCCCAGCAGUAGAAGUUGCAGACAAUGAUAUAAGCAAGAAGGGCACGAUGAGAAGAGCAGCAAGACAGCAGCUGUUGCAUUCCUCUGCAGUUAUUACAGCUAUAAUGAAAUUGAUGGACGAGAAAUUGUUGAAGUCACGAUGUUGUUUGAAGCAAGAAGACAUAAAAUUUGAUACUAAUAAGUUGUCAGAGAGUUUGAGGCAACUGAUUGUACUUGAUGGUGAUCAAAAUACUGGGGAACAGAUGAAGGAGUUUGUAGCAAAACUAGAUGCGGGUCUUUCUCUAAUGCUACAGAAAGCUGCUAGAACGUUGCCGGAAUCUGCAAGCCAUGUAAUUGAUGAAAACUGUAAGGAAAGGAUGGCUGUGCAACAACAGCUUGCAAAUAGUUCUACAAUUAUUGUAACUUUAUCAAACUUGGUUGGCAAGAAACUGUCGAUGUUAACAGGCGAAGUCGUGAGCUUGAAGGAUCAAGAAGAAAUAAGACUUAACGUCAACAGUUUGUUAGGAAGUAUGAAGGAAUUAGAAAGUGGUACGAGCGAAGACAAGAAAGGAAGUGGUGCUCAACAUUUACCACAAACAGAUCAUCCUUUUCAGUCCGCUGCAGUUUUGAAACGAAGUAGGUUUAGUAGAUACGUGAAGGCUAAAGUGAAAAAUUCACAGUUUCAAGGAUGUUACCUUGUUACAUCUGCAAUGAGUCGCUUAGCUAGAAUGAACACUUCUCUGAAACAUAAAAUUAUGACAACAAAAGAUUGUGAGCUGAUGAAACGAGAUAUCGAUACUUUCAGCCAGACGUUUGAACAGUUGAAAAAAUUAUCUUGGAAAUCAGCUAGCGAUCUAUCUAAACAACAUUCAUACGAUGACUGCUCUGAAGACCAAAGUGCUAGUGAAACAUGCGAUUUCAGCGAAGAGGGACAGAUUGCGCGUAUUUUAGCAAAUCUUGACGCAUGUCCGAGCCAUAAUCAAUUGAGACAUGUGUCUGAAAGAAUUGUACAAAAAUGGAAAAUUGUAGCUCGCUACCUUCGUCCCCAUUCGCUUCAAUCUUGUGAUAUUGCUCGCAUUGAACAUACGUAUUCACAUAAUUUGACAGAUCAGUCAGCUGUCCUGUUGGAAAGCUGGCGUAAAACGCACGGCAAACUAGCGACCAUCAGGCUUCUGUGUGAGUCUCUACUUGAUGCUGGAUGUCGACUGCAUGCAGAAGACGUUUUUGGGGAAGAUCUGGUGGAAAGAGUUGCUUUAGAACUUAAACCAAGUGAAAACGGUAGAAUCAAUAGAGUUGAUUGGCUAUAG